CCUCGAGUUCAUCUUCCCAUCCCAUCAUUGCCACCUGCGUCUCUCAGCAUUGGUUUCAUUCCCUACAUACCCCCCAACAGCAUCGUCUCAGCACCGUCUUAGCAUUCACUAGAGCAUCGGCACGGCAAGUCCCACCUCGCUGUUCGCAGCCAUGCCUUCACGCUCCAACUCGCGCAAUGGCGCCGGCGGUGGACGAACAUUCGGCCUCACAUCGAGCGGCAGCAACACGCGCAUGAGCAGAGGCACCUUCAGAAGGAGGGGUGGUGGCGGAGGCUCGACAAGGGGAGGCGCAAAUGGAGCAGGACCAUCUCGCAGUGGUGGCAGUAGCGCAGGACCGAGCUACAAUCGCGAGGCAGUCGCUGCUGCUGGGGCGUCAUUGAUGAAGGGCAUUCAGGAUGGGACAUCCGCAGAAGACCGCUUUAAAGAGACGGCAAUGCGAGAUGAGAUUGACGCAAAGAUGGGAUCCGAGAGGAUGGAGGUCGGACCACCGAGAGAAGCUUGGCUUGUCAACAUGCACCCCACUCUCCUCCCACCCAACCCGGCAGAUGACGGCGGAGGCCAUGCGACGGGCAAAGCGGCCGUCGACUUCUACUUUAUCGAAGACGAUGCCUCUUCAUUCAAGGUCACCGUCCAGUACUGCCCAUACGUCUUGCUGGGAUGCAAGCCGGGGACGGAAUCGAUUGUUGAGGAGUGGCUCAAGCGCAAAUUUGAGGGUCUCAUCAUCAACAUCGAGCGACAACGCAAAGAAGACCUGAAGCUGCCUAAUCAUCUUGUUGGCAAUGAUCGGCUUCUCCUCAAGCUCAAUUUCUGGAACGUCCAAGAUCUGCUCAGUGUCCGACGCGAGGUCUUGCCCCUGGCACAAGCUUUCCAGAGACGCCGCGACGCAGUUGACACCUACGCAGACACGCUCGCUGAUGCUGGUGAGGGCGGGUCAUCUGGACCCAAGCUCGAGCCAGAGGAGUGCAUCGCCGACUUCAGAGAGUACGACAUUCCCUACUACCUGCGUGUGGCAAUCGACAACGACAUCCGUGUCGGCUUGUGGUACUCCAUCACCUUCGAUGCAGGCCACAUCACGUUACAAGGCGUCCCGUCACGCGUCAAGCGUGCAGAGCCCACCGUCCUCGCCUUUGACAUCGAGACGACGAAGCAGCCUCUCAAGUUCCCCGACGCAGAGACGGACGUCAUCAUGAUGAUCUCGUAUAUGAUUGACGGGCAAGGGUUCCUCAUCACCAACCGCGAAGUGGUCUCCGAGGACAUCGAUGACUUUGAGUACUCGCCGAAGGAGGAGUAUGAGGGGCCCUUCAUCAUCUUCAACGAGGCAGACGAGUUCAGCCUCCUGCGCCGCUUCUUUGAGCAUUUCCGUGAGGCCAAGCCGACGGUUGUGGCCACGUACAACGGUGACUCGUUCGACUUUCCCUUUGUAGACGCGAGGGCUUCCUUCCACGGGCUGAGCAUGCUGGAUGAGAUCGGGUUCAGCAAGGACAACGAAGGAGAGUACAAGGCCAGGACUACAGCGCACAUGGAUUGCUUCCGUUGGGUCAAGCGUGACUCGUACCUGCCGCAGGGCAGUCAGGGUCUCAAGGCCGUCACAGUUGCCAAGCUAGGGUACGAUCCAAUGGAACUUGAUCCCGAGCUGAUGACGCCCUACGCCAUGGAGCAGCCGCAGACGCUCGCCCAGUACUCGGUAUCAGACGCUGUGGCGACCUACUAUCUCUACAUGAAGUACGUCCACCCCUUCAUCUUUUCGCUGUGCAACAUUAUUCCGCUCAACCCGGACGAAGUGCUGCGCAAGGGGAGUGGUACGCUUUGCGAGACUCUCCUCAUGGUUCAGGCAUACAAGGGGAACAUUGUCAUGCCAAACCGCCACACCGAUCCCGUCGGCAGCACUUACGAGGGACAUCUUCUCGAGUCUGAGACGUACGUCGGCGGGCAUGUCGAGGCCCUCGAGGCCGGCGUCUUCCGCAGCGACAUCGCCACAGACUUCAAGCUCGACCCGGCCGCUUUCCAGCAGCUCAUCGACGACCUCGACGCCGCUCUGCAAUUCAGCAUCCGCGAGGAGGGCAAAUGGGACCUCGAUGAUGUUGCCAACUACGACGAAGUCAAGCAGAAGAUCAAGUCGAUGCUCGAGGCCCUCCGCGACCAGCCGCUCUGCAAGGACGAGCCGCUCAUCUACCACUUGGACGUAGCUGCCAUGUACCCGAACAUCAUGUUGUCCAAUCGUCUCCAACCGGAUUCGGUCGUCGAUGAGGCAAUGUGCGCGACUUGCGAGUACAAUCGCCCCUCGAUGAAGUGUAACAAGAAGAUGACAUGGGCAUGGCGUGGCGAGUACUUCCCGGCGAAGCGCGACGAGGUCAACAUGAUUCGCCACGCCCUCACCGGCGAGACUUUUCCGCCAAGGUGGCCAAACGGGCCUCGUCGUACCUACCACGAUCUAGGUGAGGAGGAAAAGACGGCCUUACUGCACAAGCGACUCGGCGACUACUCGCGCAAGGUGUACCGUAAGAACAAAGAGACCAAGACGGUCUACCGCGAGGCGACAAUUUGCCAGCGCGAGAAUCCCUUCUACAUCGACACAGUCCGCGACUUUCGCGAUCGCCGCUACGAGUACAAGGGCCUGCACAAGACGUGGAAGAAGAAUCUCGACUCGGCGCAGAACAGCGGUGGGCUCACGGAAGUCGUCGAAGCAAAGAAGAUGAUCGUUCUAUACGACUCGCUGCAGCUGGCUCACAAGUGCAUUCUCAACUCCUUCUACGGUUACGUCAUGCGCAAGGGCGCUCGUUGGUACUCGAUGGAGAUGGCAGGCAUCACCUGCUUGACGGGGGCGACGAUCAUUCAGAUGGCCAAGGAGCUCGUGGAUCGUAUUGGCCGCCCGCUCGAGCUCGACACCGACGGUAUCUGGUGUAUGCUUCCCGGCAAGUUCCCUGAGAACUUCAGCUUCAAAAGCAAGUCGACAGGUAAAAAGUUCGGCAUCAGCUAUCCAUGCACGAUGCUCAACCACCUGGUGCAUGCGCGCUUCACCAACCACCAGUAUCACACGCUCGCGGACAAGGAGACGGGCCGCUACGAAGUCCACAGCGAAAACUCCAUCUUCUUCGAGCUUGACGGUCCAUAUCGCGCAAUGAUCCUGCCCUCGAGCAAAGAGGAAGACAAGUUGCUCAAGAAGCGCUACGCCGUCUUCGAGCAUGACGGGUCACUUGCGGAGCUGAAGGGCUUCGAAGUCAAGCGAAGAGGAGAGCUGCAAUUGAUCAAGGACUUCCAAAAGCAGAUCUUCGAAAAGUUCCUGCUCGGUGACACCCUCGUCGAGUGCUACGCUGCGGUUGCCACGGUUGCCAAUCAAUGGCUCGACAUUCUCUACAACAAGGGCGCAACACUGCACGACGAGGAGCUCGUCGACCUCAUCGCCGAGAACAAGUCGAUGUCUAAGAUGCUCUCCGAAUACGGCUCGCAGAAGUCCACGGCUAUCACCACGGCCAAGCGUCUGGCCGAGUUCCUUGGUGCCCAGAUGGUCAAGGACAAGGGUCUGGCGUGUAAGUUCAUCAUCUCAGCCAAGCCCUUUGGCGCCCCCGUCACCGAGCGUGCAGUCCCCGUUGCCAUCUUCAACGCAGAGGAGAGCGUCAAGCAACACUACCUCCGCAAAUUCUUGCGUGACGGCAGUCUCACGGACUUCGAUCUGCGCUCAAUCCUCGACUGGGAUUACUACAUCGAGCGCUUCGGCAGCGUCAUUCAGAAGCUCAUCACUAUCCCGGCGGCGAUGCAGCGCGUGCCUAACCCUGUGCCGCGCGUCCGCCAUCCUGACUGGCUAUUCAAGCGCGUGGCAGCGAGGGAGAAUCGAUUCAAGCAGCGUACGCUUGCUGAUGCGUUCAAGAACACCAAGCCGAUGGAUCCUGAAGAGGUAGAGAAGCAGGCAGCACUGGCGAAGGCAAAAGCCGCUGCGCUGGUGAAGAGCAAGGAGCCUGUGCCCGAAGUACCGCUCCCUCCUGUCCCAAGCUUCGAAGUCGACUACGCCGGCUACGUCGCUGCCAUGAAGCCACGAUGGAAGGCGGCGAGAGCGCUUAGAAAGGCGGCCAAUGCAGCCUCGGGAACAGCUCGCAGCCUCGGCGCACCUUCCACUCGCGGCGGCUUGAUGACGUCGCACCUGUCUCGCGGCCUGUCCAGCAUUGCCACAGCAACGUGGGACGUGGUUCAAAUCACCCCUGCCACCCGUGCUGGUGAAUAUCGCCUCUGGAUCGCUAUCGGUGGCCAGCUCCAGUCGCUCAGGCUGCGUAUUCCACGCCAGUUCUACCUUAGUCUACGCUCCGAGCCCAAGCCAGGCAUGUUCCAAGAGGGUUACAUCGUCGAGAAGGUUUCGAAGGCCUUGCCUCGUGGCGCAACUUGCCGCAACUUCUACCGCCUAACGGUGGCCGAGGAUGUCUUCAUUGAGGAAGAGGCACACUUUUCUUCGCUGUUGAACCAUCCGAUCGUCGAAGGCAUUUACGAGCGACAUGUGCCCCUUGACGUGCGCGCCCUCAUCAAGUUUGGGUCAACUUGUGCCCUUGACUCUCGCAGCAGGAAGAAGGUCAGUCGAGCCCUCGACGUCGGUUUCGAUCUCGACGACCUGGUCAAGUCGACCCACUCGCCCAUCUCGAAGCAAGUCUACCUGAAUGGCGGGGCGGGGAUUCGCUACUUCUAUCUCUACCACGCCCAGCUCGAUGGUCGGCAUGUGCUCGGCCUAUUUUCGCCGGAAGGCCAGCUGAAGCUACACAUCGUGGACUCGGCGGGGUUGAGGCAAGUGCCCAACCUGACGUCCAUGUACGGUGACCGAGUGUCGAGCCUCAAAGCCCGCGGCAAGAUCAAUGAUGGCGAUGGCGUCUUCGAAUAUGUCGACGCCCUCGAUGUAGACUUCAAGGUACACACGACAGAGCAGCGAGCCUUCCGAGCUCUGGCCCGCGACCUCACGCAGCUACGCACCGCGAAGCAAGGCUCGGCCAUGCUAGCCAUCUGCUCCUCGAAGUCGCAAGACUACUACGAGCUCAACGUAGGCUCCGCACUCGUCGAGUUUCCCAUCCUUUCGAUCCCUGCCUCGAACGCAGAAGACGAGCUCCCCGCUCUCGGCUGGCAGCUGUACAGCUCCCGUCGUAUGCUCUCCUCUUUCUUCCGCGCUUCUGGGUGGAUCAAGCGCUGGAUCGAGAUUGCAGCCUACUUUGACCUGCCACUCUGCAACCUCGAGCGCGACUUUGCCGUUUUCGGCGCCGAUGUUGACUUCGCACGCAGGUUGGCGGCACAGGAUCAUGUGCUUUGGUGGUCCAGCUCCCCUGCGCCCGACUUGGGUGGAAGAGAGCAGGAUAAUCAUACGGCAGGGCAGCCGAUCGAAGAGGUGGAAAAUGUGGAGAUUUCAAAGCCAGGCUGCUACACUAACGUUGUCUUCGAAGUGGCUCUCCGCGACCUCGCCAUCAACUCGGUGCUGCAGUCGGCGGCAGUGAACGACAUGGAGGGGAGCUCCUCUUCUGGCGGGUCGCUCGCAUUUGACAACGCUUCGCACAACCUCGACGAAUACGCCAAGGGGACAGUAGCUUCGUCCGCCACGUUCGGAGAUGCGGUCUUGACCAGCCAGGUGUUCUCCUCUCUCAAGAUCAUGGUCAAGAGCUGGUACGUGGCCAAAGCCCGCAACAAGUCGACGUACAGCUCGCUGCUGGCCGACAACUUCUGGCGUUGGGCCUCAAGCAAUCGCAGUGCCAUGUUCGAGCCUGCGAUGCAGAAGUUCUUGCACGGUUUGAUGCGCAAGACCCUGCUCCAAUUGCUCGGGGAAUUCAAGCGUCUGGGAUCAACGAUCGUCUACGCUAGCGUCAACAGACUCUUCCUUCUCACCAACAAGCCCACGGCGGGAUCUGCGGCAGCGUAUGGCCGCUACCUCGUCAGCACGGUCACCAGUCGGGAUCUAUUCCGCCAUCUUGGUCUCGACAUCGUCCACUUCUGGGAACAGCUCACCUGGAUGGACGUAGCCAACUUCGGUGGCGUCAUCUCCGCUGAUCCAGAAGCGGAGGAGCCGUCAGAGACUUUCACGGUCGAGAUGAACUGGAACGUGCAACGCUUCCUGCCUCUUGCAGUGCAGCCGCGCUUCGCAAGCGUGGUCGGUGGGUUCAUCUUUCAUGUGUACGAGAACAAGAGGAAGAGCCAGCGCGCAAGUGGGAUUGAUAGAACGCCGCUGCGGCCUGUAACGAUGGGCGCCAAUGGCGAGGUGGUGGCGCAGCAGGGGAAGGAGGAGGAUGAUGGCGAAGAAGCUGCGGAGCUGAGCAUGAUCAAGGGUCUUUCAGGUGCCGCAGAGGUCAAGUUCUUGCGCGACUUUAUCCAGCGACAAGUCACCCGCAAGCUGCUCAAGGUCACAACCGACAUUCGCGCCGAGCAUCAAGCUGCUGUCGCUGCGGCUUCGGGUCAGUCGCAGUCACACCGACAGAGGUACGACGAUCUCGACGAAGACGAAGAGGAGCAGGACCCUGCCUCUGUCCUUGAGUCGCAAUGGUCCUUCCCCGACCUCCCGGGCAAAGUCGUGCCUCCACCAAAAGUGGCUCGCGCUCAAACCCCUGCACUGGAGUUCGUCAAAUCCACCAUGGCCGUCCUCUCCCUCGCGCCCGAGGUUGCCCAAGAAGUCACGGUGCUACGUCGCAACCUCCUCCAGCUGCUGGGCGUAGGAGCCUUCAGCCGCGAAGCAGAAUGGCGUCCACCUUGCGAGCCAUUCAGGUUGCCCCUCGUGAUCUGCACGUACUGCUGCGAAGAGCGUACCCUGGACCUGUGUCGUGACGAGGACCUCCUCUCUUCCUCCAGCACGGGCGAGAAGCCCGUCUGGCGUUGCUCUGCCUGCACCAACGCUCUGCCUCGCGCGGCCAUCGAGAGCAGGCUGGUCAGUAUAGCCCACUCGUACGUGGCGACGUUUGCGCUGCAGGAUCUGAGGUGUAGUAAAUGCUCAGCGACGAGGGAGACGGAUGCGCAAGUCUGCUGUGGGGUCUGUGCGGGGCCUUGGAGCUGGACUGUUAGUCGCGUGGAGACGGUGAGGAAGCUGAGGAAUCUGGCCGGGAUUGCGGCAUGGCAUCGAUUGGAGACGUUGGCUGUGGCCGUGGAAGCGUUGCUAGCUGCGGUGUAAGGUAGAGCGGGUCGAAGAGUAUAUCGUGGUUGUCAUGUGUUCUCGUCCCUGUAUUUUGACUCUAUUCGACUCUUCUCAUUUUGCACUUCU